CCCCCUGUUGCUCACUUACUUGUCAGGGCUGAGGAUGCAGGUUGCAGUGCUGGGAGGGUUGGUGGUUAUCAGUCUCUGCCUGAUAUCUGGCAUCCAGGCAGGAAAACGAUUUCAGGAUGUGAUGGAAUUUGGAAGGAGAUCAGGCAAGGAAGGCCACCAUAACCAGAUACAUGGCUGGUUUCCUGACAGCAGUCCGUGGGAUGAGAAGCUCUAUCCUGCCUGGAAGACUAAUGAUGUCAGAUGGGAGAACUGCUGGAGAGGUGGCAAAGUGUUGGCAAUCCUGACCAGUGACAGCCCUGUGCUGAUAGGGUCGAAUGUUACAUUUGCUGUUACUCUGAAGUUUCCCAGGUGUCAAAAAGAAAAUGAAGAUGGGGAUAUUAUCUAUGAAAGAGGAUGUGGAAAUGCUUCCUCCAGUUAUCAAGACCAGUAUGUUUAUAACUGGACCAAGUGGGUAGACUUCUGUGAUGAAGGAAACUGCAGUUUUGUCAACAAGUAUCCAGAUGGAAGACCACUCCCACAUCGCCGUGACUGGAGGUGGAAUAACUUCAUUUACGUCUUCUCAACAAUGGGUCAGUACUAUACCCAAAUUGGGAGAUCUUCUGCCCUUCUGUCAUUGAACACUACAAACAUCACAGCUGGCACACAGAUGAUUGAAGUGUCAGUCUUCAGAAGAGGACAUCAAAGACAUUAUCCUGUUACCAAAGCAAGUGGUAUAUACAUUGUAACGGAUCAAAUUCCAUUCUAUGUUAACAUCUCCCAAACGAAUGAUAAGAAUUCCUCAGACAACAUCUACAUUAAGGAUUCUCCAAUUAAAUUUGACAUCAAAAUCCAUGAUCCAAGCAAUUACCUCAAGAAGGCUGUAGUGUCCUUUGACUGGGACUAUGGUGAUGGGAAUGGCUCCUCUGUUUCCAAUAACCCGCUGUCUAGUCACACAUACACCACACAUGGGAACUUUAGUCUGAACCUGACCAUCAAAGCAGCCAUUCCUGGACCCUGUCAGCCUGUUACUCCUACUCCAGUUCCUACAACGUAUCUACCAACAACCACCAAUUCUUUCACCACUGCAAAUACAACUGAUAAUUCAACAGAUUUGCCAUCAUUUGAAGCUGAAACUGCCCCACUAACCACUGAAAGACCUAAUGUUACCACUGCUCAUACAACCACAAUACAUUCUACUCCUGUUCCUGGCUGCUUUAUCUACAGAUAUGGUCACUACAACACCAAAAUUACAGUUGUAGAUGGCAUCCUGCAGGUGAGCAUUGUUGAAAUGACAAGUGUCAAAGUGUCUACCGCUCAGACUGUAAACUCUCUGAUGGACUUCAUAGUGUCUUGCCAAGGAAGCCUGCCUACAGAUGCCUGCACAAUUGUGUCAGAUUCUACGUGCACGGUUCCUCAGGACAUGAUCUGUGAAGAAGUUCCAGCUUCUGACCAAUGCUUGGUGACCCUACGCAGAGCCUUUGUAGAGCCAGGAUCCUACUGUGUGAAUAUUACACUGAGUGAUGAUGCAAGUCUGGCUCUUGCUAGUACACUGGUCUCUAUAGAGGGAGAGGCUGGAACUACCACAUAUGUGAAGGCAGUGCUGGUUCAUCUGGGGUUGAUUGCCCUUGCUGCAGUUAUUGUUGCAGUGACUGGUGUCCUUCUUUACAAGAAAUACAAGCCAUACAGACCCAUUGAGAAUGCUGCAGACCAAAGUGGUGGACAAGGGAUAAAAGUGUACUUCAGCCAGAUCAAAAACGUUCUCUUUCAAGGAAACCAUGAGCAUGAACCUCUUCUAAAGAGCAAGGCUGGAAUAAUAUAACUCUGUGCCUACCUAUGUUAGACUGACUAUCCCGGCAUUCUACUAGCUGGGAUCUGUAUGAAAGUGAUUUAAUAUCUAAAGCUUCUCAUUGACCUGUAAGACCAGAGUUCCAGUAAAAAGGUUUGCAUUUCAAAUCUAGGAGACUGGUAGCAGCUUGAAGGGUCUGGGGGUGGCUGUAGAGUACAUACUGGGGAAGGGAUCUACCUACUGUCACUGGCUUGAUACUGUAUAUUACACUGAGGCUAAACGGUACUGUUAUGUGGGAUGGCCAGUGGUUCUAAAGUGAAUACUAAUUGAAAUGGGGCUCGUGCAAUUAUUAGCUUGGAGGUACCAAUGUAACUUGCCCCACCAUUAGAGAUGCACAAUCCUGUGUUUUGAUAUGUAACUUUCCAGUUACUGUUUGCAGUAGCUUAUGAUGGUACAAACCACUAGUAAACUGAAUUCUUUGCCAGCUAUACCAGUGUAUCUGUGCAUUGACUUAACUCAUCAACCUUUGACUGUUUUGUAAGUAGAGUCUAAAUGACUUGCUAUAACUGCAACUUAAUGUAUGUCAUGCAGUCCUGGGUGACUAGUGUGGAGCCUAACUGCUGUGCUUUAGCAACUGCACCUUAUCUAAUAAAGAAAAUGUUUGCCCUAGAA